AUGGCUUCCCCCGCCUCAAGCCGCAUGGCGGCCAGCAGCCUGCUGCGCGCAACCCGCACAACUCUCCCAAAGCCUCUCCGCCAGCCAACCACUGCCUCCGCCGCCGCCGGUGCUUCCGGUCUCUUCUCCGCCUCAAACAGCCCAGGCUCGACGCGGCGGCACUACUCGAGCGACCUGCCUCCGCCGCCGCCGCUGCUGCAGAAGCUCAAGGCGGACCUCAAGACGGCCAUGCGGGCCAAGGACGCCCCGCGGCUGACGGUGCUGCGGUCCGUCCUGGCCGCGACGCUGAACGCGUCCAAGACGGCGACCCCGAUCACGACGGACGCGCAGCUGAUUGCGCUGCUGCGCAAGACGCAGCGGGGCAACGAGGAGGCGAGCGCCGAGGCGCGGCAGGCGAACCGGGCGGACCUGGUGGAGAAGGAGGAGGCGCAGAUCCGGGUGCUCGAGGAGUACGUCGCCGGGUCCGGGGUCGAGGAGGUCACGGACGAGCAGCUGAGGCUCGUCGUGCGUGGGGUCGUGUCGGCCAUGACGAGCGAGGGCGAGGUCACUGCUGGUGGCAAGGCCAAGAUGGGCGAGGUCAUGAAGACUCUGCUCGCCCCCGGCGGACCGCUGGAGGGCAAGAGCGUCGACAAGGCGCAGGUUGCCAGGGCUGUGAAGGAGGUUGUCGGUUAG